AUUUCCCCAAAUCAUUUCUUUACGUCCCAUCUCCUCUCUCUCUCUCUCUCUCUCUCUCUCUCUCUCCUCUUCUCUUUACCUUCUCCUCCUCGGCUUCGCCGUAGCUUUCGAUCUGAGCGUGAGAUCGGAGUGAUGAGGCGGAGGGGGAAAAGUAGACGAAUCGGGAACGUUUUGUUAGAUUGAUGAGUUGUUAGAUCGGUUCUCUUCAUCAACAUCGCGAUCUGAAGACAAAUGUUCCGUAAGAACGACUCCGCCUUGUGCUGCUUCUACCUCUACUUGCUCUGGCUCUUCUUCUUGAAAUAGGGGCCGUCGGAAACACUAGAAGCGAAGGAGAAGGAGACGAUUAGGAGCGAGGAGGAGGCGAUACGUAUCGGAGCGCGAGGAGCCGAUUGAGUGGAGAUCGAUCGAGAUUGAUGGUGGGCGAGAGUGGGACGAUGCUGGAUCUAAACGUGUCCGGGGGAUCGCGCGAAUCUCGAGGCAAGCGGCAGUCGGCGGGCCAUGGAAGCGAUUCUGGGACCUCCGAUUCCUCCGUCCUCAAUGCUGAUGCUUCCCCCAACGUCGCCGAUGAGAACUCCAUCUCCACACCCAUACAGUUCAGUAUACUGAAGAGCUCGGAGGCGGGGGCGGAGGCGGAGGCGGAGGAGGACGAUGGUAACGGCGUGUCGCCGGGUUCCGACAUCAUCACUAGGGAGCUAUUCCCGUUGUCGGCGUCUGCUGCUUCGGAUCGGCUGCACCCUCCACCGGUGGCUUCGUCCUCGUCAUCGGUGAGGCCUAAUUGGGUGGAUCUCAGCUUCUCCCAGAAGCAGCCGCUUCCUCAGCAGCAGCAGCAGGUGAAGAAGAGUAGGCGGGGACCUCGGUCUCGGAGCUCUCAGUAUCGGGGAGUCACCUUCUAUCGUCGAACUGGGAGAUGGGAGUCCCAUAUCUGGGAUUGUGGGAAACAGGUUUAUUUGGGAGGAUUUGACACUGCUCAUGCUGCUGCAAGGGCAUAUGAUCGAGCUGCAAUUAAGUUUCGUGGAGUUGACGCCGACAUCAAUUUUAACCUCAGCGACUACGAUGAAGAUAUGAAACAGAUGAGAAAUUUGACGAAGGAAGAGUUUGUGCACAUACUGCGUAGGCAGAGCACAGGAUUCUCGAGGGGAAGCUCAAAAUAUAGGGGCGUUACGCUUCACAAGUGUGGCCGCUGGGAAGCUCGUAUGGGACAAUUUCUAGGCAAGAAGUACAUAUAUCUUGGGCUAUUCGACAGUGAAAUAGAAGCCGCAAGGGCUUAUGAUAAGGCUGCUAUAAAAUGUAAUGGAAGGGAAGCUGUGACCAAUUUUGAACCUAACACAUAUGAAGGCGAAUUAAUUAGCGAGGCAGAUGGUGAAGCAGCUGGCAACGAUCUUGAUCUGAACUUGAGCAUAUCUCAACCAGUUUCCCCUACUCUGAAGAAGGAUCAGAACUCAGUUAGUAUGCAAUUCCAUUAUGGAUCAUUGGGAACUUCUGAAACAAACAGCUCAAAGCUUGACAACCCUUCCUUCCAACUAGCUGGUCCACAUAGCUUAGCUGUGCUACGUGAUCAGCACCAUCCCUGGAUUGCUCAAUACCCUGCCUACUUCCCCAGCAGUGAGGAAAUAGCUAAAGAGAAGAGGCCCGAGAUGGGUUCGCAAGCUUUACCCAGCUGGGCUUGGCAGGUGGACCGCCCGACUCCAAUCCCGUUGUUCUCCUCUGCAGCAUCAUCAGGAUUCUCUACACCUGCUUUCAGCUUGCCACCACCAGCGCCGCCACCUGCUUCGACCUCACAUCUACAUUUCGACCCACCAGCUUCAUCCAGUUACUCUUUCAAGAGCUAAAGCUGGGAGGCGCAUGCGAUGUAUCCCUGUACAUGGUUUUACUGCUGUUUCUACUGAAGAGUUUUGGAUAGAUAGCAAGCAUUAAACGAGUAAUACGUGGUGGCUAGACUCCGUGUUGCUGUUUGUAUAAGAUUCGACCGAUUGAACUUAGGAAGGAUUUGAAUUUAGUAAUUGGGUCAGUUUUCAGAUCUUUUUUGUUAUCUUUUUUAUUUUUGGUGAAUAAACUACGCAGGGACUUUCCGAAAAAUUGAAGCCUCAAAGGAGGCCGACUUUCCUUCCGUUUUGCCGUCAAGACGCUACAGGCCUCUUUUGCCCUGCUGCACAUGUAGUACUAUUUUAUGAAGUGUUGUUCUGAUUGUGCAAUUUUAAAUUUUUGCAUUGGUGGUUUCUA